GUAGAAGGUGCUGGGAUCCCACAGCAGCUAAACCAUGGCUGAAGGGGAGAUUACUACCUUCGCGGCCCUGACUGAGAAGUUUGACCUGUUUUCAGGGAAUUACAAGCAGCCCAAACUGCUCUACUGUAGCAACGGGGGCUAUUUCCUGCGCAUCCUUCCAGAUGGUACAGUGGACGGAACCAGGGACCGGAGUGACCAGCACAUUCAGCUGCAGCUCAGUGCGGAAAGCGUGGGGGAGGUGUAUAUAAAGAGCACGGAGACUGGCCAGUACUUGGCCAUGGACACCGACGGGCUUUUAUACGGCUCACAAACACCGAAUGAGGAAUGUUUGUUCCUGGAAAGGCUGGAGGAAAACCAUUACAACACCUACACCUCCAAAAUGCAUGCCGAGAAGAACUGGUUUGUGGGUCUCAAGAAGAACGGGAGCAGCAAGCGUGGUCCUCGGACUCACUACGGCCAGAAGGCGAUUUUGUUCCUUCCUCUGCCCAUCUCCUCUGACUAGAGAGACGUGCUGAAUACUCCCGAGGAACCUGAUGGGGUUCUACCCAGCUGACCCCAGAUUGUUCCUUUGACCAUUGGCUAUGCUCACUCCUGGCUCCCCCUGAGCCUGAUCCCUUAAAUAAUGCACUUCCCCGUGCCCAGCACCCUCCUUUGGCCUCUAGAGCACUUUACCCAAGCCCAGUUUGGAAGGGAAGGACCAAAUUGCUUCCAGGGGCCACCUGGCUGCCCAUGGUGGGUCUGGUUUGAACGUCCAGUUGCUUCUGGGCUCCUGCAGGCUGAGCCUUUUUGUGCCAACAUGAGGCCAAAUGAGAUGUGGGAAGCAUCUGCCAAACCUCUAGUAAGGGCAUCCAGUUCCCUCUGCUAAGUGAACCCUGCUUGUGAUUUCCCCCCAACAUCUGCCCUUGGUCCUUGCAAAGCCCCACAAAUAGUGGCAGAGAAGCUCACAGUGAUGUUACAUGAAUAGAAAGAGAAUCCCAACAAUCUCCCCUUAGAUACAAAAGAGAUGAAAGGCCAGGACAGUUGAAAAGGUGUGGGGGGGGGGGUGGAGGGGCAAGUAUAUCUUAGAAGGAAGGGAAGUCUAAAUUUCCAAAUGACAGAAGUGGGGUUGGAAGACUGAACCUCAAGAAAGCAGUAGAAACAAGUAGCUUCAGGGUUCCUCAAAGUCUGGUCUCAGCUGGUUGCUCCGAGAGUGUGAGGUUGGAAGAGAAGCAGGUUCCUUGAAGGUGGACAUUCAGCCAGGCCCAGGGAGUUUAUGAGAGUGAAAAGAAAGGAGUGUCCAGGACUGUGAGGAUAUUUAUACCCUCAAGAGGAAGACUUAGACGUGCGAAGAGUCCAGGAUGCUUUGUGCAGAACCUGAGACAGAGUAGUAUUGGGGUGCAGCAUAAUCCUCAUGGAUGUUCAGGAUGUAGUUUGAGGGGAAAUGCAGGCUCGGGGGGGUUCCUGAUAAAGUCCUGUCAUUUCUCACAAGCUCCCAGGUGUCAACUAUGCUGCUUUUUCCUACCCCCACCACCAACUCCAAGCAGCCAGAUCCAGAAGAAUGGAGCACAAAUGAAGGUGACUCAAAGCCAUCCCACCCCCCCAAAAUCUGCCUGGCCUUCCUCUGAAACACUGCAUUCCCACCAUCUCCCUGAGCAUCAGAGCAUACCCACAGCCCUCCCACUUGCAUUAAGGAGCAUGAAUGCAAGGUGCUUUGACCCGAUGCCUACACACUGCCCACGCAGAAGAGCUACAAAGCAUACUGCAAAAACCGUUAAACCCUAGCAAACGGGUUUCCAAAGGGUCCCUGUAUGUUAUGAUUACUUAUAUAAAUAUGCUUCCUACUUAAAGUAAACUUGACCCAAGUGGCUAGCAAAUUAGAAACAUUGUUCAUCUCUGAUAUAUAAUACUGCUGCCAUGCAAAGGCCUUUAAGAAGCCAUUGAAAUUCACUGUGAGACUGUUUUAAUCCUAUUUAAAAGUAUAUAGCUCAGAGGCAAUUGCACUGAUUAACAUUCAGCUAUUAGGAAUGAUAAUAAGAGGACAUGAUAUAUAAGCUACUAAAUCAUCUACUACUUACACUACAUUUACCUAGAAAAUGAGAUUUAUUUUUUUUCCCUUCCACUGAGGUGAAAUAAAUUUUCCUUUGGAAAUGGGGACUCUUCUGCAACCAUAUAAUCAUUGUGGAUAAAGAAACUAUGAGAAUGUUAGCUUAUGUUUUUGUAAAAUACUGAAUGAAUCAUUAAUUAAAAUAAUUCCUUGGCAAUGGCUGUCAUAUUUAGAAUGCAAGAGCAAUGACAAUUUAUGAAAGUUCACAGUGACAGUGUAACUGAAAAACUGAGCUAAGUUAACAUUAUGGUUACUCAUGCCGCUCUGCAUUUGUACAACAUAAUGAUUUCAGAACUUUAGUUUUGUUACUUGGGUAAAAUGAUUCUGUUUUAUUUGAGGCAAUCUUUGCAGGCAAGUUAAGGAUAGUACAGUGUAACUUUAAAACUCUUUACUAUGAAGAUUUAGCCAGAAAAAGUACCUAGAGAGGAAAUCCAAGAUAUUAAUAAUGGUCCAUAAUUUCUAGCAUCCGAAUCAAAUUCAAGUAUAAUGUUAGCCAAGAAAAAUUAAAUCCUGUUGCUAACAGAUGAAACAGAACUCUGUGGUUUCUGAAAUCCAAAUACUGUAGAAGGAACAGGGGCUGUAACUUCUACUACCUUUGCCAGUCAUCUUGGGCAGAUUUGUUCAAUGGAUUUAAGUGCCUACUUUGUACCAGAUACUGGAAGGGGUACUAGGGAUUUUAGGAACCUGUCUGUCUGGUCUGCUGCUGUAUUCUCUCCCUGGGCAUUAUAUUUAUGAUGAAAAA